CAGCUUAUCCAGCUUAUUUACAUUUUGAUAAACAAAAACAACGUAAUGCCGCUGACUUUCUGUAAUUGUAAUUUGUAAUUCAUUAUUUAAUCGUACGGUAACCUGUUGGUUUUACCAUUACUCAGGUCAAGGAUAAUUUCGUUUGUUUAGUUUUGUUUUACCGGAACAAAUUUUUUAUUCUCUUUUCAAGUUCAGCAUUAAAGAUACUCUGCACCUUAUCGUAUCGACCCAAGUUAUGAUCCGUCCGGAGGUAGUCCAGCAGCUAGCCUGCCCGUCAUUUGGUCUGGCAACAUCUUGGAUGUUGUCGCGUAAAGGUGCUCCGGCUGAUUCGUUAGAGGAGGUCAAACGAUGCUUCCGACGGGAAUUUUGGCCUUUUACAAAAACGUUACCAAAAAAGAAUGCAGAUCUGGCCAGGGCACUGCGCGAGAAAGCUAACGAAUGCUACAAAAAACAGCCGGCUGAUCUUGAUGUAGCUCUCAAGUUAUACAACGAAAGUAUUAGCCAUGCACCUGAGGAAUCGGAAGAUCUAGGAAUGGGAUAUGCCAACAGGUCAGCGGUUUAUUUUAACCGGAAACAGUAUCGUCGGUGUCUUAGUAACAUACAACUAGCUAAGGCUAGCAACUAUCCUAAAAAUAAGAUUGACAAUCUGUUAAAGCGAGAACAAAAAUGUUUCGACAUGCUGCAGGAUUCUUCAAUUGAAAAGAAGCAACAUACAUUCUCGGAAGUUCAGCUGCACAAAUCAGAUUUACAAUUUGCCGAUGUUCAAAAUUGUGGCAGUGGUUUUAUUGCUAAAAGAGAUUUAAAAGUGGGCAGCGUUUUUAUCGAAAGCCCUGCCUUACUAGUUCUCGAACCGGAAUUGACUUACUGUCGGUGCAAUCACUGUGGUCUUGUCAACGAUAUGGAUCUGAUCCCGUGCAAAGUGUGUUGCACCGCCAUGUACUGUUCGGAACAGUGCCGUACAAUCGCUUUCGACCAGUAUCAUCGGUUUGAAUGCGAAAUAAUGGAAGAUUUGAAAUAUCUGUUCAAAGGCCCGGACGAUUCAGCGUGCCGGAAAUAUCAUCUUUCCUUACGUCUGUUUUGGAUGGCUGCAGGUAAUCUGCUAGAAAAUCCAAUAGAUUUUAGCCUGCGGUACAAAAAUGACCUGAACCGUUAUCGAAACUCACUAGAAAUAAAUACGGACGAUCUACCCCUUCAUGUCCUAGCCGAUGGAACAUCGAAUUUGUAUAGUGAUAGAACCGGUAAAAGUAUCCUGCAAUUCUUUACUAUACUGCUGUAUCAUAUAGCAGUGGAUGAAAACGAUUCCUUCCCAAUUGAUAGCGCUCCAAGUGAACAUAAAAAUAUGUUGCUGGAGAUCCUAUAUAGGUUGCUUCAAGUCAAACGAAUUGAAGCCUUCCAAGCUAUGAUAUGUUUUUAUCCGUUACUUAGAAUACUUAAUCAUUCUUGUGCACCGAAUGUGGAGGAGCACCGGUUCGGUCAACAGUCGGUGCUUGUCGUGAAACGCCCAAUCAAAGCAGGGGAGCAGAUCUUGCUAUGCUAUAUUCCCAAUGGUACUACUGACACAAUGCCGAAGGAAAAGCGACGUACUCUGCUGCUGAAACAAUUCGAACUCGAUUGCCAGUGUCUUGGCUGUUCCUUGGCAUAUCCGCCGCUAAGCGAAAUUGAGGAGAACGUGGCUUUGAAAAGCGAACUCGAAGCAAUUAGUCCUAAAGAGGGUGAACAAAAGUUACGCGCACUGGAAGAAUUUCUGCAGCGACAUGACGAAUUGUAUCCUCAGAAAGAGUUAGCUUACGCGUGGGACAUGUAUAAGAAGCAGAGAUUUGAUAAACUCGUGGAUCUUUCAAUCGCUUAGAUAUUACGUUUCUUCCUGUAUUAUAGUACUCAGCAUUUCUCAAUGGAACAUUUUGUAACCGUGCCUGAAAAACUUUCCUAAAAAAUUGUAUGAUUUUAAUUAA